AUGUCUGGAGCAGCAAUCGCGACCAGUCCAAAGACGCCGUCGGCGAAAAAGGUUCCAGCGAACUCAUCUCCCAUGUCAAAAGGUCCGGCAAAAGUUCACCGGCGGAAAUCUUCUGCAUCUCAGGUCACACCGAAGACUCCACAGAGGCCCAAGGUGUUGGCUAGCCAGAGCACGCCAAAGAAAGUACCUCAACAGCGGCGCAAGACUUCUGCUGCUGAUAGUACACCCAUCCAAAAGAACAAGAGACAGAUGGCUGAUAUGGGCCAGUCGCCGAAGAAAGUCAUGCCUGCAAGGAGGGAGAGCGGAACCAGUAUGUCUCUUCCCAUGAUACCGCCACUGAAGAAACAGAAGAUCAUGGAGGAUACAUCCAGCAAAUUGGUCAUCCCCUCGCCACCUUCCAUCCCUCCCUCCCUCCAGAUAAGACCCACAAAACUGCCGGUUCCCUUUCCUCCUCCCUCACCAGCUCCAUCUCCACCCCCCGGUCCUCCUCCCUCGCAGGUCCCAGCCAACCCGUUCACAACCAACCCAGUCCCAGCCAACCCCUUCAUCCAACUCCUCCACUACGUCCUCCAGAAAAACCCCACCCUCCUCCCCCCAAUCACAGCCACACCCACCGACCACACCGACCCCAGCAACACCAGCGCCCCAACCCUAACCUCCCCGGACAUCGACCGCAUCGCACACUCAAUGUGGGACGUCGCCUUCAAAAACAGGCACCUAUUCCACUACGCCUGCCAAUACAGCGCCAUGUUUACUCCCCUCAAGCUCCGCAUCUUGGCCAAGAUAAACUUUCUGCCGAGCUGGUGGUUCUUGAGGGAGGCUGUUAUAAACGGUGUGCGUGGUUUGCGUGUCGCGAAAGUAAAGGUGGGAGGAGAGGAGGAGGGCGUUAAGACAUGGAGGGUUGAUGAUAGUGAGAUGAGCAAGGUUUGGGGGCAGGCGCGUAGGUUUUGCGAGGACGUUGAGGUUAAGUUGGGGAGGGCGGCGAGGAAGGAUGCGUGGACUAUGACGGAUAAGGUAGAGGUGGAGGAGGAGUUUAAGUUGGAUGAGCUGUUGGGGUAUGUGGGUGGAGAGAUGGAGCAUGAUGGAGAGGAGGAUGAGAUAGUUGAUGCACAGUAG